GGCGCUCGACGCCGCGCGCGCCGCUCGUCGUGUCAGUCGCGAACGGAACGGAGCAGGGAGAGGUCCACCUCGGCACAGUCCGAGCUACCAACUCCCCGGCCAGACCCGAUCGCGCCGGUGUUCGUGAGCGUGUACCUGGGCAGUGUGGCUCGGCGAUUCGGCGACACUCAGUGGAUUGAAACGGCGCAAAAGGCUCACACACUGCAAGGAUGCUGCUCCGAAGAUUACUCUUCGCCACCUUAUUGAUAGGGUUGGUGGCAUCCAAUGCUGAGGAGACUCCUGAGGUGGUGAAGGCGGUGACGUCAGAGGACGAGCCGCAGGUCGCCGACAAGAUCGACGUCGACGUGGAUCAGAUCGCUCUAGAAUCUCGAAUCGACGAGAGCACCGCCGACGGACCCACGCCCGUCCAGGUGCCCGCUCCCGAGGGCUUCCCCGACGCGGAGGAACGCAGCAUCGAGCGCGACUCGGACAUCGGACACGGUGGAGGACACGGCGGACACGGCGGAGGACAUGGCGGACACAGCGCUCCGUCCUCCGGCUACGGCGCUCCCAAACCGUCUGGAGAGUACGGCCCUCCGCAUCCUCCGAAGGGCGGCCCGCGCGGCCAGGGCCCGAUCCCGGUGCCGUACCCCGUGCCUGUCCGGCCUGGAACUGUUGUCCUUCCCCACGCUCCGAGCGGCGGACACGGCGGCGGACACGGCGGACACGGCGGCGGACACGGACGUCCCAUCGGCCACCCCAAGGGCAUCGGCCGGCCGCUCCGCCCCAGGCCCCACUACGGACCCCCUCCCCACCGUCCCCGUCCCCGCCCCCGCCCCCAGUACAGGCCUCCCAUCCGUCACCCCAAGCCCUCCUACGGACCCCCCAAGGCUACCUACGGACCCCCUAAGGCCACCUACGGACCUCCGCCCAAGCCGAAGCCCGCAUACGGACCACCCAAGGCUACCUACGGACCCCCGCCGAAGCCCAAGCCCGCCUAUGGGCCGCCGAAGGCUUCCUAUGGACCUCCCCCUAAGCCCAGCGGCGAGUACGGUGCUCCCAAGGGCGGACACGGCGCUGGACACGGAGCCGGACACGGUAGCUCUGGCGGACACGGAGCCGGACACGGCAGCUCUGGCGGACACGCAGUCUCUGGAGGACAUGGCGCCGGACAUGGCGACUCGCACGCGGGAGGAUCUGUCCACCAGUCAUCGUACGUCGCGCCGGCUCCGGAGGUGACCUACUCCGAGCCCCAGGCCAGCCACGGAGACAGCCACGGCCACAGCAGCGGCGGCGGAGGUCACAGCAGCGGCGGACACAGCAGCGGAGGUCACAGCGGAGGAGGACAGAGCUACUCUGCCCCGGAACCGGUUUACAGCGCGCCCGCUCAGCCGGCCGAGGCGUACGAGGCUGCGCCGGCCAACCACGAGGUGUCGGGUGGUUAUGGCGCUCCUGAGCCGGCUUCCAUCAGCUACGAGGCACCCGUGCCGCAAGACUCGUACGAGGCUCCCGCUAAGCCACAGGCCCAGUACCAGGAGCCUCCUCAGGGCUACCAGCCGGCCCCGGCCGCGCCUGCUCAGGGAUAUGACUCUCCGCCUGCUGACGCCUGGGGAUCUCCAGCCACCGACAUGCCCAAGAUCGUCUCGCUCGACGUGCAGUGUGACAAGUCACUGAUGCGCGUCAACGUCCAGUUCGACAAGCCCUUCAACGGCAUCAUCUUCAGCAAGGGCCACUACAGCAACUACAACUGCGUGCACAUGCAGCCCAACUCUGGCAGCGCUAACGCCCAGUUCGACAUCAGCAUCAACGCUUGCGGCACCACCGGAAACUCUGAUGACGGCCAGUACGGCGGUUACGGCAAGGACUCCGGCUCGGGUACCUACUUCGAGAACACGAUCAUCAUGCAGUACGACCCGCAGGUGCAGGAGGUCUGGGAUCAGGCGCGCAAGCUGCGCUGCACCUGGCACAACCAGUACGAGAAGGCCGUCACCUUCCGACCCUUCCCUGUUGACAUGCUGGACGUGGUGCGCGCCGACUUCGCCGGAGACAACGUGGGCUGCUGGAUGCAGAUCCAGGUCGGCAAGGGCCCGUGGGCGUCUGAGGUCAGCGGUCUGGUGAAGAUCGGACAGACCAUGACCAUGGUUCUGGCCAUCAAGGACGACGACAACAAGUUCGACAUGCUGGUCCGCAACUGCGUCGCUCACGACGGCCACCGCGCACCGAUUCAGCUGGUUGAUCAGGCGGGCUGCAUCACCAGGCCCAAGCUGAUGUCCAAGUUCACCAAGAUUAAGAACUUCGGCGCGUCGGCGUCUGUUCUCUCGUACGCUCACUUCCAGGCGUUCAAGUUCCCCGACUCGAUGGAGGUGCACUUCCAGUGCACGGUCCAGAUCUGCCGCUACCAGUGCCCGGAGCAGUGCGUCCAGGGCGGCGGAAUUGCCCCCGGCAUCGAGCCGCGGCCAGCCAACGCCUACGACGCCCCGCCUGCUGACGGUUACGACGGCUCCCGUAAGAAGCGUUCCACGCCCGAGGAGGCGCGCGACGUCGGCAUCAACCGGGUCAUCCAGGUGGUGUCUACGCGCGACCUGGCCUUCGCGCUGGAGAGCUCGGCCACCAACGAUACCGAGACGGUCGUGUUCCCCGUGCGCAACGACUCGCACAUGAUCUGCAUGUCGACGCCGGGCUUCGCGGCGACGCUGAUCGUCCUGCUGGCGAUCCUCAUCAUCUCGUGCCUGCUGUCGGCGUUCCUGUGCUUGCGGUACCGCACCUUCGGCGGCGACCGGUCUGUGCUCUCGGCAGCCUUCGAGAACCCCAUCUUCCUGCACAAGAAGGGUCACUUCUAAGCGCCCUCAGGCAUUACGGAUGAGCUCAUCAAGUCACAGGCGGAGCCGGUCGAGACUGCCGCCGCUGGUCGGCGAGAUGGUGGCCCACCCUAGCUCACUGUCUGCUGACCUGGGUUCUCUUCUCGUCACGUGAAGAGGCUCCAAGUCAGGGUGGACAAGUGAGGAGAUGGUCACUGGCGGCCGACCCGGCUUCGCCCCACCAUCCACUGCCGUUGUUGAUGGGUGUCCUCGCUGCGAUGUCGCGGCGAGACUCGUUGACAGGGCUGCACCCUCACCCCCACCACCCCUCAUCCCUCUCAAACGGGCCAGCUGACCCGGGUGGAUUAUAGGCAAACCGCAAAGGUCACCAGCUAAACUACGGACCAGGGGUACCCCCGCUAGACAGAGUACUGUAAUAUUUAUAGACUUGUGACUUUAGACGACCUCAACACAUACUUUCCACGCAGUUUGUCAGAUUUUGAUCUGGACUCACGUCUAAAAUUUCCGUAUGCUAGAGAAUGAGUGUAGAUGUUAGUUAUACCCUGAGGAUUCUAGUCCGAGGGAGUUGCCAAAUAACCAGACGUUUCCCUCAACUGUAGGUAUUUGUGCUGCUCAAUUGCAGAAGCUCAACUCGCUUAUCUAUUUAUUCUUGCUCAAGAGGGGACGUUGCUGGUGGCUGUGCGUUGGCAUGACAACGCCGGUCGUUUCGUUAUCCUGUUCUGCGGUGGAAGUUGGGUGGAAGGACUCACAAGGUGUUGUCGCUGUUAACUAGUUGUAAGGCCCAGUGCACAGGCACAGGAGAUCGCGAGUGAGAGCGUGCUAGAGUUGCAUUGCGUCUGAAAGGAGUACAAACUGCGUAUCGCACUCGAUACUGCACUAGCUGACAAGACAGCGGUCCGACCCUGGUCGGCUCUGGUGACCCCACCCGGGUCAGCUGGCCCUGCAGGGCCCCCUCCCCUCCCCUCCCCUCCCGUUCCCGAUCCCUGCCCUGCCGCCGGCGUCUGGUCACUGCCAUGUCCGUGACGUCACCAGAUGACGGAGUCCCGGUGAUGACGUCACUCCCGGCCCGGCCCGUGUCUGGCCCACUUUCUGCGGGUCAGACACGGGCCGUGCGGGGGCGGACGUCGGCCGUCUCCGACCAGAGACUGGCUGAACGGACCGUGACACUGACCGGUCGCCGGCAACACCGCUCCGUUCGUGGGGCAGUCGUCCCAGCGACUCUGUAAAUACUUGUGAUAUAUGCGUGUAUGUAUCCCUGUAUUUCCAGGACAUCUGUAGAUAGCCCUUUAUUUAUUUUGUUGUUGUGUGACCCUGCGACGGCGGGAUAUACUGUAGCGGCAGUGAGUCGCGCCUGGCCGACCCGCGUCCUGAGGUUCCUCCCUCGUCGGAUGUGGUGUCACGUCAUUGUUGAGCGCUCGUGCGGCGCUGCCUCAAUUGUUACUCUGUGUAAGAGAGUGUAAAUUGGCCAGGAGUGUCUGAUGGAUGGAUGGUGCGCGCGUUUUAGUGACGAGGAACGAGGUGUAAAUGAAUGAGCACUACUAAUUUGUGUGUAACAUGCUAGUGAGUGAAUGAAUAAAAGUAGUAAAAGAA